AUCUGAGGUUGUCUGAUCCUAGGGCUUUAUCCAAUACCAGAAAGGCAAGGUCAGCCACUGAAAUAUAGUCAUAGCAUUUGUUUGGGCCCCAAGAGACAGCAGUGCGUGACCCAAGGGAGAAUCACGUUUGGCAUCUUAUACUAUACAUUCCCCUAAUGUCUACUCUCCACCCUAUUUGGAAGUUACUUUGACCACAAAAUAGAAUUUCAAGCCAAGCGGUCACCUUAACUGAAAUUGAAAUUACAAUGAGAAAUAUCAGGACUCACCACUUUGGCCAUGGGUGCAUUUUUACAUCUUUGAUCUGGACUUUGUUGCUCUUUAUUUAUUUGAAUUAUAUCGAAGUGAACCAACUUCUCAAGAAUGUGCCCCUCAAAGGUGCUGGACCCUAUCAGCCGUUUUCUACAAAAUUCUCUUCCAAUUUUGCCAAUAACUCAAAGCAAAUAAGACCACAGUUAAAAACCAAAAAAGUUGAGAAUAAGUUAGAUCAGAAUAUUAAAGCCACAAAUAACAUAAUGAUUUCUCCUAAACUGGAUAUGAUUUUUAAUGAAAACGUUCAGAUCAGAGACUUGGGCUUCCAGCAGCAUGGCUUCAACGUAUUUAUCAGUAACCAGCUGAGCUAUCAUAGACACGUGCCAGAUACAAGGAGCAUGAAAUGUCAAGCUAAGUCUUAUCCCUACCAUCUCCCAGUUGCCAGCAUUAUUAUUUGUUUCUACAAUGAAGUCCUUUCUGCCUUGCUUCGGACAGUGCACAGUGUCAUUGAUCAUACUCCAUGGCAUCUCCUUCAUGAAAUCAUUUUGAUAGAUGACCACAGUGAAUUUGAUUAUUUGAAAGAAAACCUACGUAAAUAUAUGAAAGAAAAAUUUCCUGAAAAUGUUAAAUUAAUAAGAAAUGACAAACGAGAGGGACUGAUUCGAGGAAGAAUGAUCGGAGCAGCUAAUGCUACAGGAGAAGUUCUUGUGUUCCUAGACAGCCACUGUGAGGUGAAUAAAAUGUGGCUACAGCCCUUAUUGUUUGCGAUCCAAAAAGACCACAGAAUGGUGGUGUGCCCUCUAAUUGAUGCAAUCAGUGCUUACACUCUCAACUACAUGCCAUCUCCUAUCCUCCGUGGAGGGUUCACCUGGAAUCUACACUUUAAAUGGGAACAUGUCCCUCGAUCUUACUUACUAGGACCAGAAGGAGCUGCUGCACCAAUAAAGUCCCCUACAAUGGCUGGAGGUAUUUUUGCUAUAAACAGACAGUAUUUCUUUGAAAUCGGACAGUAUGACGGUGGUAUGAAUACCUGGGGAGGAGAAAAUUUGGAAAUUUCAUUUAGGAUCUGGAUGUGUGGGGGCAAGCUCUUCAUCAUUCCUUGCUCUAGAGUUGGACACAUUUCCCGUAAAAUGUUAUCACACAAAGCUCAUGAAAUCGUGGACUCUUUGCAGUAUAACUCUCUGCGGCUGGUACAUGUUUGGUUGGACGAAUAUAAGGAGCAAUUUUUUUUACAAAGACCUGACCUGAGGAGGAAAGAGUAUGGAAACAUCAGUGAGCGUGUAGAAUUGAGAAAAAUACUGGGUUGCAAAUCAUUUCAAUGGUAUUUGGAUAACAUCUAUCCAGAAUUGAAGGUAUUUCCACUCCCUGCUAAAGAAAAUUAACCCUUCUGAAUAAAGAGGAAAUCAAAAUGACCUCAUCUUCUGCAACAUGGAAGAAUGAGAAAAUAAUCCUAUCAGGGAGCUUGCUGUGCAUUUUGAAAGCUGUGAAACACAUGAAAGAUGCAAUA